AAGAAACUGAAGACGUGUUCUGUGUAUGUUUGCAAACAUUACGGCGAAAUUGAUGACGCAAUCAACACCCGGAAACGACAACGCGCACACGUAAACAAAAGGUCACCGAUUCUGGUCAGUCACCGAAAAAGGGCAGUCGACGAUAUAAGAAAUGAGUUACGGUUUCAUCCAAUCUGACUAAAGUACAGACCUAUGUUAUACUUUGGUCAGAUUAGGUUUCAUCGGGAUAUGACGAUCACAUCCUAUUACACCGAAAGUCCACGUGUAUUUUCACCCUGGUUUGCCUGAAAUCGACAGGUUUGCUAAAAUCCUACGUUUCGUUUGUUUGUUUGUUGUUGGUUUUUUUGUUUUUUGUUGUUUUUUUUUUUGUUUUGGUUUUUUUUCUCUCUCUCUCUCUCAGAUAGAAUGAUUAAACCUUAAAAUGUAUUCUCUUGAAUUAUAUUUGAGAAUAUACUGGAUUUUAAGAAUUUGGUCAUUAUUUGGACAAAGGGCGGUUUAAAAGGUUUUUAUUUUGUUUUUUCAACCAGGUUAAAAUGCUAGAAACCCAUUAAAUUAGAUCUUAUAAUUGCAAUAACCGACCCUCAUGUGACAAUCAAAUACCUGCAAAUAUUUUUUUUUAUGUCAAUGGUUUUAUAUAUCAUGAAUUUGAUUAUUUUUUCAAAAUACAUUUCAGAGAACUUUAUGUUGCUUUACUGAGUGAAAUAUUAGAAAGCACUUUUACUGGGCGUGUUGGCUUCUCCGUUUUAUUUAUAUAAAACCAGACUACGAAAGCCAAGGCAGAUGGAUUAUCACGUCUAAAGGCUCCAAUAUCGUGAGAACAGGGUCUGUCUAAAAGACACAUUAGACUGUAAAAGAUAGAUAAGAUUUGGGUGAACGUAUAUAAGUUCUGAACAUGAGAUGUAUUGCUUUUGAUAAUCGCCACUGGGGGGCUAUGCAUGAACGAUGAUUAGUUAUCAUGAUGAAUAUGUACAAUAAUCACUGGCACCAAAACGUUUGACAAGAAGCUUGUGUUGCUCAGACUCUGUAAGAGUUCAUAUGAUAACAUAAAAUCACGGAACGCCACGGACAUCACUUUCGCGUAAUCUGAAAUGUAUACGCCGCCUUGAGGAUGAACUGGGUAAAUUGUGCUUGAUUUUCCCCCCUUCAUUUCUCCUCUCUUAAACCUUGGAGAAACAGUUGUCGAGGCGAAUUUCUGUCGUGUUUCUCAGGAGAUUAGGUACAUUUGGAGAUUAUUGAUCUGCACCCGUUUAAUUCAUUCUUAUUGUUAAAGUGCCGAGGAAUUUUGUACUUUUUUGUGUUAGUAUAACUAGAGUGAGGGGAUAAUCAUACGCUAUAUCAAGUGAGAAGAAGAAAAACAAACAAACUCAAAUCUCCCAUCGCUCGGGACUUCAUAAAAAUUGGAGAUAAUUUGGAUUAUAUUUUGUUUUCAUUUUCAUAUAAAACCAUUUCAAUAUGAACAAUUCGUCAAUUGUCAUGCAAAGCGACUCUCACGAGAAUGGAUCGUUUGAUCUCGUGCAAAUGGAACUUUUCGCCAAGAGACCUGAAACAUUUGCAAUUAUCGUCAUAUGUUCAGUCAUAUUUGUUGCGGGAAUACUGGGUAAUAUCGCACUCCUGACGUACGUCAUAUGCCGCAAUCGACUGACGUCACCACAUAAUAUUUACAGUACAAACCUGGCCAUAGGUGACAUCUUGACCUUAACAAUAGCCAUGCCGUUUUUGUCCUCCAUUUAUACGAUGACUUACUGGCCGUUUGGAGAUUCCCUCUGUAAGUUUAGUGAAUGUAUUCAUACGCUGAGUAUUUCCAUUACUGUUUUCAUGAUCUCAGCUUUAAGUGUAGAGAGAUAUCGUAUGCUAAAACUUCAUUCGCCAUCUUUGAAUGUGACGUCAUCAUCCGUGAUUUCUUUUAUCUUGUGGCUGGUGGCCGCCAUGUUGGCUAUUCCCGACCUAGUGUCGGCGGAGACGAUGUCUUACAGAGACUUACACUACUGUCGCCCGUACCGAGAAAACUGGGGAGAAACUUACGCCAAGACACUGGUCAUCAUAAAAUUCACGUGCAUUUUCGCUCUGCCUUUGUUGAUUAUAGCAGUUUGUUAUUCUUUGAUUGGAUACAAUCUGUUUUCAAAAAGGUCGCGGUUUCAUUCGUGUUAUUAUGAUGAAAAUCAGACUGUACUUGAGGAAGAAAUGAGGAAACAUUCCAAAAGAAAAAGCAUGGCUGUCCUUGUUUUUGGCCUCGUUAUAGUUUUCAUUGUAACAUGGCUGCCACGACACGUGUAUCUAAUGUGGUAUUACUUUGACCCCUCACCCUAUGACCUCACAUGGCACAUUGUGAAGAUAGUGGGUGUGUGUCUCAUGUUCUGCAAUGCCGCGUUGAAUCCUCUUGUGUUUUUCUGUUUCGAUGCGAGAUUUCGUGAGUGUUGCUGCUGUAGGAAAUCACGUGACGAUUUGGAUGGAUACGCCGAGAUACCCGAUAACACCGUGGUCCUCACGGAAACAGCACAUGACACUGUGGUCUUAACCAACGUCAACCACGCCGACAGCGACACGCGUGUUUAAAACACAGUGGUCAUCAAAGAAGACUGACCAACUGACCAAUAUAAUUUUACUGAAUGGUGACUGUUGUAAUACAAAGCGCCUAUAAGACCUCGGUUGUGCGUUUUCUGUCUGUUCUUUGUGUAACUUAAUUAGCUGACUUUAUGCUUGGUGAACUGGGAGGUCAAUGUAUAAUACAAGUACAAAACCUGUCCAUGGCCUAGGGCAUUGUCAUUGACUAACAUGUUUCUUUAUAGUUCUGCUAUGAAGAAAACGACGAUAAUUGAUAAUUACAAAUACAAUGCCGUAUAUCAGAUCAUUUUAAGUAGGGAAUAUUUGGCGAUUUUUCUCUAAAAAAAAAAAAUGUAUGAAAUCUUAACGCUUUAUUAAUAAGCACAAUUACAUCAUGCAAGUGUAUCAUUUAUAUGAGUAGAAAGUUUAGUAUCUUUAUUUUUGGCAAAAUUUCUAAUCUACUAAUAAGGUAAUAUUUCCAGCGAACAAAGUACUCGAUAUACAUUACCCAGGGGCGGA